CUAUGUGCUCCAUGCAUCUAUUGCAUUUUAUCGUAAUUUCUGUCAUUCUUAAAGAAUGGUUGAAAUUAGUCUUCCACCACUCUCUUACAAUUUGCACAAGAUCGUGAUCGCUGAUUUAAGAAACUUUGCAAAAUAAAGGAAAUUGCACCAGCUUUAGAAUUUUAUACGAUAUUCUAAUAUUAUAGUAUUUCAACGAUAUUGAGUAAUCAGUAAAAAUGGACGAAAUUUUUGCAAAAAUCAACUCUGAAAUCAAUAUAAAACGAUACAAACGAGAAUAUAUGGCGCAUUUUGAGGUCUUGCGUGAUACAAUAUUUACUGCUCUAAAAAAGAAUCAAACCUUUGCUGCACUCUAUAAUGGCAAUUAUUUGAGAGGGAGUUAUGCUGACAAUUUGAAAGUAAAAUAUCCGAAUGAGUAUGAUCUGGUAUUCCGCCUUAAGUUGCCCGAAGAAAAACGCAUGCUAGUGGUAAAGGAUAAAAAAAUACCAGGAAAUGUAAAAUUGGAUUUAUCAGAGAUACUUCAUGUUAUUAUAAAUCAAAAGCAACAUGUAAAUACUUAUAAACAAUUAAAGAAAAUGGUAACCUCCGAAAGUCUACUCUCCAUACAAUUACUGCAAAGUUGGUUGGAAAGCUGUUUUACAAAAGCGCUAGAUGAUAUAAAUAAAAAAAUAAUUUAUAAUGAUAUCACAACGACUUUAUCCUACAGCAAACAAGGUCCAGCACAUACAAUUUCUGUCAAAGAACCUUAUAUGUAUUCAGUGGAUUUUGUGCCAGCUAUAGUGUUAAUCAGUUCCAAAGCCAUUUUACCAAGCAUAUCGAAAAAUUGGGACGCCAUUCCUAAACCGUUAAAAUUUAUACACAGUGAUACAUCAUUUCGUGCAUCUUACGAUAACCUAGAAAAUGAAAUGAUAAAAAAUAAAAAUAAUUUAAAGAACGCUUUAAGGAUUAUUAAAAAAUUUCGGGAUAUACACACAAAUAUGCACAAUUUAAAAAGUUAUUACAUAAAAACUUUGUUUCUGUGGAGAGCAUCAAGAGAGCCGGAAAAGUUUUGGUACCAGCCCAUUGGAUUUGUUGUUAUACAACUGUUUACAGAUCUUAGCAAUAGUCUUGAAAUGUGUAAGCUACCUUUUUAUUGGGACCCUAAAUUGAAUUUAUACGAGCAAAUUGGAGAGUCUGGAUUAACCGACAUCAGGAGAUGUGUGCAAAGUAAAAAAAAAAUACUAGAAAACUAUAUAAGACUGAAAGUUAGAACGGAAGUUGAUCAUUUGAAAGUUUACAAAACCUUUUUGACAGUCACGGAAUUAAAGGAAAAUGGUUUAAUAAAGAGUUCAGCAAUUCCAGAGGACAAGUCUCCAGAGAAAAUAGAACUAAAGAGUUCAGAGCCCAGAAGAUGUAUAAUACAAUAACUAUUUUUUUGUAGCUUAGGCAAAUAAAGUCAACACUCUUGUGCUAACACAGUACAGCAGCUAAUCGGGGGGGUGAAGGUCCAUUAUUUUAUUUUUAGCAAUUUUUCAAUAAACUAUAUUAAAAGAAAGUUAAAAUUGUCAUCCCUGACUUCGGUCUAGGUAACGUGGAUACCACUUGCUGUUCGAUAAUUUUAUAUCUUUAAAGAAAUCUGAGUAAAAUGAUACAAAACAUGUCAAUUAUAAAAUAUAAUGUAUAACUAAGUAGUAAAAUUUCAUCUAUUUAUAAUUUUUUGUGUGUUUCUGUUAUUGCUCAUGUUUUGUUUUAUAAAUAAAUCCAAAGAUUAUUUCAUAAAAA